AUGGGAGAGAAUGAGUUCUUCCUGCAACAGAAAAAGCAGAAGCAAAAGAAGCAGUGUAAUUCUCUAUUUGACAAGGAACACUACAAUAAACCACACCAAAGGGUGCAAGUUGAAUUCUAUAUGAAUGAAAAUACAUUUAAAGAGAGGCUAAAGCUCUUCUUCAUCAAAAACCAAAGAUCAAGUCUGAGAAUACGAUUAUUCAAUUUUUCUCUGAAGCUACUAAGCUGUUUCUUAUACAUAAUUCGUGUGCUCCUAGAUGAUCCUACACAAGGACUUGGAUGUAAGGAAUUAAACCGGAGUUGUUCCAAUCAAAACUACACACCUGGAACAAUUGAUUGGUCUCCUAUUAUUUGGGUGAAUCGAAGCUUGCCUUUAUGGGGAUUACAGGUUUCUGUGGCUUUAAUAAGUCUCUUUGAAACUCUUCUGCUGAGUUAUCUAAGCUACAAGGGAAAUAUCUGGGAACAAAUUCUGAGAAUACCCUUUCUCCUGGAAAUAAUUAAUGCUGUCCCUUUCAUCAUCACGAUUUUCUGGCCAGUCCUAAGAAACCUGUUUAUUCCUGUAUUUUUAAAUUGUUGGCUGGCAAAGCAUGCUUUAGAGAAUAUGAUUAAUGAUCUUCACAGAGCCAUCCAACGCACACAGUCUGCAAUGUUUAACCAAGUCCUCAUUUUAAUAUCUACCUUACUAUGUCUUAUCUUCACUUGUAUUUGUGGAAUUCAGCAUCUGGAACGAGCAGGAAACAGGCUGACUCUCUUUGACUCCCUUUAUUUCUGCAUAGUGACAUUUUCCACUGUGGGCUUUGGGGAUGUUACACCCAAGAUAUGGCCUUCAAAGCUGCUUGUUGUCAUUAUGAUCUGUGUUGCUCUUGUGGUGUUGCCCAUACAGUUUGAACAGCUGGCGUAUUUGUGGAUGGAGAGACAAAAGUCCGGUGGUAACUACAGUCGACACAGAGCUCAGACGGAAAAACAUGUUGUGCUGUGUGUUAGCUCUCUGAAGAUUGACUUACUUAUGGAUUUCUUAAAUGAAUUCUAUGCUCACCCAAGAUUGCAGGAUUAUUAUGUCGUUAUUUUGUGUCCUACUGAGAUGGAUGGUCAGGUCCGAAGGGUGUUACAAAUCCCAAUGUGGUCCCAAAGAGUUAUCUAUCUGCAAGGCUCAGCAUUAAAAGAUCAAGACCUGUUGAGAGCUAAAAUGGAUGAUGCUGAAGCUUGCUUCAUUCUGAGUAGCCGCUGUGAGGUGGACCGGACAGCAGCUGAUCAUCAAACCAUUUUAAGAGCAUGGGCAGUUAAAGACUUUGCUCCAAAUUGCCCUUUGUAUGUCCAAAUACUGAAACCUGAGAAUAAAUUCCACAUCAAGUUUGCAGAUCAUGUUGUGUGUGAAGAGGAAUUCAAAUAUGCUAUGCUAGCUCUAAAUUGUAUAUGCCCAGCUACCUCUACAUUAAUCACACUGCUGGUUCAUACAUCUAGGGGACAAACAGCCCCAUGGGAAGCUUUUAGACAACUAACUGGAACCAAGCAGACUUUAAACAGGGAGAGUCAGCAAUCACCAGAACAAUGGCAGAAAAUGUAUGGCAGAUACUCUGGUAAUGAAGUGUAUCAUAUUAACCUGGAAGAAAGUACUUUUUUUGCUGAGUAUGAGGGGAAAAGCUUCACAUAUGCUUCUUUCCAUGCACAUAAAAAGUUUGGAGUCUGUCUGAUUGGUGUUAGAAAGGAAGAUAACAAAAACAUUUUGCUGAAUCCAGGUCCUCGAUAUAUUAUGAGUUCUACAGAUAUAUGCUUUUAUAUAAAUAUUACCAAAGAAGAGAAUUCUGCUUUUAAGAAGCAAGAAAAGCAUAGAAAAAAACAUGAAUCAAAACUAUCUUGUCAUGGAGCUUCUAGAUUACCCGUACACAGCAUAAUAGCUAGCAUGGGGACAGUGGCUAUUGAUUUACAAGAUACAGGAUGCCGAACAUCCAGCGGACCUACACUAGCUCUUCCUUCUGAGGGAAGUAAAGAGGGCAGACGGCCCAGUAUAGCACCUGUUCUGGAGGUUGCAGAUUCUUCCUCACUUCAGACGUGUGACCUGCUAAGCGACCAGUCAGAAGAUGAAACUACCCCGUCAGAUGAUGAAGUCUCUGCAAGCUUAGAGUAUGCCAAAGGCUAUCCUCCUUACUCUCCAUAUAUUGGAAGCUCUCCCACAUUUUGUCAUCUUCUGCAUGAAAAAGUACCAUUCUGUUGUCUAAGACUAGAUAAGGGAUGCCAACAUAACUACUAUGAAGACGCCAAAGCUUAUGGAUUCAAAAAUAAAUUGAUUAUAGUUGCAGCAGAAACUGCUGGAAAUGGCUUAUAUAAUUUUAUUGUUCCACUCAGAGCUUAUUACCGACCAAAGAAAGAAUUAAAUCCCAUUGUAUUACUCCUGGAUAACCCGCCAGAUAUGCAUUUUCUGGAUGCAAUCUGUUGGUUUCCAAUGGUUUACUACAUGGUGGGCUCUAUCGACAACCUAGAUGACUUAUUAAGAUGUGGGGUCACCUUUGCAGCUAAUAUGGUGGUGGUGGACAAAGAAAGUACAAUGAGUGCUGAGGAAGACUAUAUGGCAGAUGCUAAGACUAUUGUAAAUGUUCAAACACUCUUUAGGUUGUUCUCAAGCCUAAGCAUUAUCACAGAACUAACUCACCCAGCCAAUAUGAGAUUCAUGCAGUUCAGAGCCAAAGACUGCUAUUCUCUUGCUCUAUCCAAAUUGGAAAAGAAAGAGCGCGAAAAGGGAUCUAAUCUGGCAUUUAUGUUUCGACUGCCCUUCGCUGCUGGCAGGGUUUUCAGCAUCAGUAUGUUGGAUACGCUGCUUUAUCAGUCAUUUGUGAAAGAUUAUAUGAUUUCUAUCACAAGACUUCUGCUGGGACUUGAUACCACACCAGGAUCUGGGUUUCUUUGUUCUAUGAAAAUCACAGAAGAGGACCUAUGGAUUAGGACAUAUGCCAGACUAUAUCAGAAACUUUGUUCUUCUACAGGAGACAUUCCAAUUGGAGUCUAUAGGACAGAAUCCCAAAAGCUUACAACAUCUGAGUCUCAAAUCUCUAUCAGUGUGGAAGAAUGGGAAGACACUAAAGACACCAAAGAACAGAUUAGUUAUCGUAAUAACCAUCGUAACUCAACUUCUAGUGAUCAGUCUGAUCAUCCCUUGUUACGACGAAAAAGCAUGCAGUGGGCCCGACGGCUCAGCAGAAGAGUACCAAGACAGUCUGGUAAAACAGCUGAGAAGAUAAACCAGCAGCGAAUGAACCUUUACAGGAGGUCAGAAAGACAGGAGCUUGCUGAACUCGUGAAAAACAGAAUGAAGCAUCUGGGCCUUUCUCCAGCAGGAUACGAUGAAAUGAACGAUCAUCAGAACACCCUUUCUUACAUCCUGAUAAAUCCUUCUCCAGAUACAAGAUUAGAGCUGAACGAUAUAGUAUACUUGAUCCGACCUGAUCCAUUGGCUUAUGUUCCAAAUACUGCACCCAUCCGAAAAGACAGCUUCUGCAAUACAGUGGGACAAGACACCAGGGAGGAAACACAACUUUGA